ACCAUCAUUGAGCGCGUUGAGCGCCUAACGUCAGAACGUGGGAUUAUACGCGACGCCGACACGCGUUCUCUCUCCCCUCUCUAGGCUGUCGUAGCGAGCGCUGCCGUUGCCGUGCGCCGCGAUCGAGCGAACGAAUCGACGAGAGCGGAGCAGGAGCAGAGCAGAACGCGGAGCUGUCGAGAACCGAACCAGUCGCGGGGGUUCGCGGGGUCAGUCGGCGGAUAUAUUAUGUCAAAGCGAGACGCGGCGGUCUAUCGAACGUGAGCGCGACCGCGUAUAUCAUCCGUGUAUCUCCUCGCUCUCGCACGCGGGAGGGUCGUUCGGUUAGCAAGUUCUCGCGUUGCUUACGCAAGCCGGAUGCGUCUCGGCCGUCGCCGGCCGUUGAUCAGCCGUGGCUAAACACGUCCCGUAGACCCAGUACAUCCUGGAUGCGAGUGUGCGCUCCUCGCGGUGUUGUCCUCUUCGCCGCGUCCCUUUUCCCGAAAACGCCGCUAUGCUGACGCUGCAACAUCAAUUGGAACAGACAAUAGCUCGAAAAUGGGGUUGAAACGACGGCGUAACAAAUUGAGCGAGACGUCAAUGAAGUAAAUCAGCUUAGAUUCCGUAAAGAAGAUGAUGACUGCCAUGGCUCGGUUGCCUUGCAAGCAAUCGUCGUCCUCGCCCUCGCAACAGCCGAGAGUGAACAAUUUCGGAAACAGCCGGAAUCCUUACUGGGAUAUGCAGCAGGCUAGACAUCCUGCACCGCCGUACGUUAGAAAUCAUCAUCGGCACUCCGAUCAUACAGGCAAACGGAAGAGCGCCGUGGAACUGCUACAGGAGACGAAAGCCUUUUAUGUGAAAAGCGAGACCGUGCUGGAUCGGAAACAAGAGCUGAAAAACAGCGGCCAUCUACAGGUUUCACAACUGAGCGCUCCUGGUGCACCACCUCCCAGAUUAUUGCGAAAAUGCACCGGCAACUCGUCCGCCUGUCCGAUGCAGCCGACGUCGCCGUCACAGUUACAGCCAACCCCCAUGACACCGCCUUGCUGCUGGGCCUCGUGUCACGAACAGGACAGACUAGACGGAAUCCUGAGUCCUCAACAAACACUGCCACCCGCGCUGCCACCGAAAAGCCCACGUUUGGUUCCGGUUCCCCAAAGACGGACGAUUUCAGGGCCCCCGAGCAGUACUGGAGGCGAUCAAUUGCAAACGAAGCUGCGUCGACUAUUAAACACUGAUAGCAAGGAGAACGUAUUCUUUUCGGAUAGUCCGCCGCAAAGUACGACACAAAGCAACGGCGUGUCCGUGACGCGAGAAGAGAAAUUUCGAUAUUCGCCUGGAAGUCUCUCGCCUGGCUGUCGAGACGAGGAUCGUAUGCUGCAUUGCCCGCCGCAGGAUGUUCGUUUCAAAUUCGGCAGAAGCAAUUCGCACUCGCACACUUCUGGAAGAUCUAGUCGCAAGUCAAAUAGCUCCCCGUCGGUGGAAAAUACGAUAUGCCACAAGUCUUUGCCGGAUCUCCACACAAGCACACGUCGUCGGGCGUCACUCUCACCGCGCGCAUCUACGAAAUUAUCGGCGAAGCCGUCUGCCCAUCAUCAAGCUACGAACACGAGCAAUUGUCCGGAUUAUGAAACUAGUUCAGAUUAUUCGGAUCACAGUUUUAAGCGUGAUGCUGUUUGUUAUCGCAGCUCCCGCCAUAUUAGGCGAUCUUUGGGAUCUGGUGGUGGUGAUGCAAGCAGUGUAUUAUCCUCAGGUGGACGAACGCAGAAAUCAUCGGGUUCCAGUAAGUUGAGCCAUGGCGCAACAGCCAGAGACUCUGGUGGUUCUUCUGGACACUGCACUCAUCGCAGCGAACCAGCACCUAGAAUACAGGAUUGUUGGACUCAUAUACGCAGAGAUAGUGGAGCAUCUACGCAACAUUCCACCGAAAAAGAUCGAUCGAGGAAAGGCAGUUAUAUUGGUGGUACACUGCCACCGGUUGUAAGACACUAUAGUCCAGAUUCUGAAAGCAGUAAUAGUCAAACGGAUUAUAGUCCGACCUGUAAUUCAAGGUUUUCCGACGGUUGGAAGGAAGGUCGCGGUCGACCUAUUUUAAGAUCGAAAUCAGAUAUCAGCGAUCGAUACUGGCGCCAGGAUAACGGCCGGUCCAGCAAAGUAUCAUCCCGGCCUCCGCGAUCGAUGACUCAGCUCGAGAAUUUCUUUGAUCGUUUAGGACUGGAUUCGGAUAAUUAUCAACGUAUAACGGAACCUGAUUCGAAAUCGUCGUCGCCCAUAUUCUUCGACAGUGUCAGCUCUGUAGAUUCAGCAUUAGGUCUCUAUUCCUGGGUCAGCAAUAAUCAGACAAAUCAGAGUAACCAGUGGCAAAACAACUGCAGCAUUGGUAUGGGUAAUGACGAGUGCAAUCAAAGGGUAAACGAUCCGCCAAGUAUCGUCGAGCGAAACGCGCGUAUUAUCAAAUGGCUUUGCCAAUGUCGUAAAGUGCAGUUAGGAUACAGCUAAACAACGAGUUUCUCAACGUGGGUAAAUCUUUCAUUUUCAAUAAUAAUAUAUUCGAAUCUCAACGAGUGUAGUGCGUUUUGCCAUUCUAUAAAUGAUAUAUCAGAUACUCCACACUCAUACAUUUCUCGUAAAUGUGGAAUUGAUUAACCUUAGCUUCUUAUCUUCUUAGCUUCUUUUUUAUUAUUUGUAUAAUUUAAUAGUUUUUGUCAAUUCUGUAUUAGCUAUUUGUAAGAGUACGACUAUUGUUUUAAUUUAUUGUGCUUAAAGAUAGAGAUGAAUUUGUGCCAUUUUACAAUUAAUUGUUAUGGUUAUAUAUGUUGUGCCUUCCAUCAAACUGUGGUUAUAAAUUCAGGGUAAAGUUUUUUGGAACAUAUUUACGUGAUGUGCGGGUUAUCAUACAUUAAUUUUUAAAAUCUGUGUAGAAAAUUUUUUGAU